GAUUCGCGCCCCCGCCCCCCGCAAUUCCUUUCCUUGCUUUGCUUCCCCACCACCUGUUCGGCGAAACGCUGCAGCCGCGAAAAAUAAAAUCAAAACUCGCUUGCUGUUUCCUUGUCUGCUCUGCUUCCGCGGUUGUGUGGUUUAUUCGAUGCGGCGCUUCUCGUCCGCUGACGGAGAGAACAGAGCUCCUGCUUGAUUGGAGCCGCGGCUGCUUGUUCCUGCUGUAGCCUGUAGGCGUCCUCCUGGUCCUUGCUCCUGACUCCUGAGCAAGGGCCUUUGCUGCACAUCUUUUCAAUUAACUUGGUAGUCUACAAGUGAUGGACCUGUCAACAGAGAGGUAGAAAAGUAAUAAGCUGGAUCAAAGGUUAUGGCGUCUCUUACUCCAGGGAUACUAUUAAAGGUUCUAAAAAAUAUUAACUCCGAUGUGAAAGUAUGUGGAGAAUACCGGUCCAUUCUUCUCCAAGUUAUUAGCAUAGUCCCUGCAAUUACUGGCUCAGAACUUUGGCCGGACCAUGGUUUCUUCAUCAAAGUUUCAGAUUCGUCGCACUCGACGUAUGUUUCUUUGUCUAAGGAGGACAACGAACUCAUCUUAUCAAACAAACUACAACUUGGACAGUUUAUAUAUGUUGAAAAGGUUCAGUCAAGUAUCCCUGUUCCAGUUCUUGUUGGGGUCCGACCAGUUCCUGGAAGGAACCCUUGCAUUGGAAACCCAAAGGAUCUGAUGCAAAUGUCAACUCCCUCUGGGGUCAUGGAAGCACUGGAUCAUCAACGGAAGACUUCCAAGUCAGCUGAUCUGUCUGAAAGUGAAAAGGAAAAUUUGCAGAGGAAGGUAGUUAUCAAAGAGCAGAAGUCAGUUGUUGCUUCCCGAUACAUGCUUGGAGUAUCAAGCAACAAUGGGAAAAUUACAAAUCUAAACUCUAGCAUUGAUAGUGACAAAAGUAAUGGAGGAAGUAGCGUAUGUGAAUCAAAUCAAAAAUCAGUUGCCCCGAAAGUCAGACAGGAGGCCAAACCUAAGGAACGGCCAAAUAAUACAUCUCCUAGCAAUGCUAAGUUAGUUUCCACAAAACAAGAAAUUAACAAGGACGCACACAAGAAUAGUGGCACUUCACCUAGUUCCAAUGGUUCUGCUGUAGUGAAGAAGCAAAUGCCAAAGGAGAGCAAAAAGGAAUCUGCAACCGAAAGAAGAUCACCACCAAAGCUUUAUAGGAGUUCACCAACACCAGUGAGGACUUCACCAACAAAUCUCAGUUCGCCAGCAAAGCAGAAUGGAAACUCUGGUCCAGUUCCUUCAGUAUCUAGUGUUAAACGAAGAGUUACAGAAGCUAUCUCCUGGGACUCCCUCCCAACAAGCCUAAUCAAAUCAGGAAAGGCUGUUGUCAGGAGGAAGAAUAUUGCUCUUAUUGUAGCAGCUGAGGCUCAAAGGGAGGCUGCAGCAGCUGCAUAUCUUGUAAAAGGCCUUGGUAUUUUUGCUGAGAUAAGGGAAUCUUCUGAAGUGGAUCCACAUGCUGCAAUUACCAAGUUCUUUCAGCUACACCGGCUUAUAGUUCAGCAAAGUGCUGUCUGGAAAGCUUACUCCCCAGAGCCUGGCAAAGAAUCUCGGUCAGAGAAGGAGAAACCAUUAAGAAAAGUUUCUGCCUCUCAGAAUAAAGCUGCUCUAUGCAACACAACAAAGAAUUCCGAAGAUGCUCGGACAAGUGAAAAGAUGGAAUGGGCCCAAGAUGAUGGCUUCAAGGAGAUCUGCAGGUCAUGGGUUGCUCUGAAAAAGGAAUCGCAGUCAUGGUUCCUGAGCUUCCUGGAGGAUGCCCUUGAAUCAGGAUUCAAGUUUGAGGAUCAAACCAAGAACACCAGGGAGCGCUUGCGAGGACAAUCCAAGGGUGGGGAUGGGAGGAUCGCCGUCCGGCUGUCGCAGCUCAAGGAAACAAGCAACUGGCUCGAUCAGUUGCAGGACGAGGCCGUUAAUCCGGAGAAUGGUUUAGUCGAAACCAUUGAGCAGCUGAAGCAGAAGGUGUACAAGUGCUUGCUCGGAACAGUUGAAACCGCGGCAUCCGCACUGGAAGGAAGGUAGCACACGAGAGAAAUGACCACACCAGUGAAGAAGGGCGAUUAAGUUAUUGCAGUUAUACAACAUCACGUAGGCGGUGAAGAACCGAAGAUGAUGGAGAGGUGUAAAUAGCCGGGUUGCUGAUUUUAAGUUAUGAAUUAAUUAAUUUUUUCGGCAUUUUCCCUAAUGUUGCGUACGUGUGAAAUGGCGAAUUAUUGGCGAUUGAUGCCUCGAUCUUCAAAAUACUGUGUGUUCAUCACAAAUGGUUGAAUCUUUUUACAUUUUGCA